AUGACGCCAACUCGCCCUAACGCGCGGCGCGCGUCGCUCAGAAAGCACAUCAAAUACAUAUUGAACUUCGCUUCCCCCGAUCUUCCCCCGCUUGCCCGUGGAGCCCCUGUGGCACGCCACCCCCCAUCUUCCGCCACCGAAGCUACUAGUCACCGUCCUUUAGAAGCAGACCAAAGACAGGCUGUAGAUGCAUCCCCUUUUCCCAUUAGCGCCGCCACUGCAGAUCGCUCUACAGCCACAACUGCACCGGAAGCCGCCACUUCGUCCACCAAUCCCGCCGCAGAAGGAGGGACUGUUGCGAGUCAGGCGGACGACACUCGUACUACUGAGGAUCGUUCUCAACUGCCGGUUCCACAGUUGCCGUCGCGGACCAGUGCGGCGCCCUGGGUACUGCCUCCGCAAAUAGCGAACGCGCAGGCUGGCGGAGUGGUCCGCGCUAAGGGAUCGGCGGGGGAUGACGGGGGGAAGGCGGGAGAUGCAGCAGCAGAGGCGGGGAAGAGCGUGCCUAUGGUGCCGAUGGUGCCGAUAGUACCAGAGAUGUCGGCGAGCGAGCGAUGGGUGCGCGACGCCCUGGUCGCCGUGCGACAGUACCUCACCUUGCCCGACGGCAAGAAGUGGCCGCUUGUCCCCUCCACCCCUCGCGCAAUCAACCUCUUUCCUCACUCCUUCGCUGCUCCCCCGUCCUCCUUACCCCACCCGUCCCUCCAUCCCUCGCUCUCGCUUCUCAUCUUCCCCCUCCUAUCGCACCCGCCUUCCACCCGUCUCCUCCCCCAUCUAUGCUCCGCGUCCCCCCGACAGCCCUUCGAGCCGAACGCCAAGGUGGCGGCGGCGUCAGUGCUGAGCGUGGUGGGCGCGGCGCUGGCGAACGCGGGCGGCGUGGGCGGCGGCGGGCUGUUCGUGCCGCUGUUCAACCUGCUGCUGGGCUACGACGCCAAGACGUCCACCGCGCUCUCGAAAUCAAUGAUUAUGGGCGGCGCCAUAGCGAGUGCGUGUUUCAAUGCGGGUCUGCGGCACCCCACCAACAACCACCGCUCUCUCAUCGACUUCUCGAUCGCGCGGCUGAUGCAGCCGAUGCUGCUGCUGGGCAUCAGCAUCGGCGUCAUGUGCAACGUGGUCUUCCCGCCCUGGCUCAUCACCGUCAUGCUCUGCGUCCUCCUCUCCUUCAUGACGUACAAGACCCUGGGCAAGGGCAUUGCCACGUGGAGAAAGGAGUCGCGCGUCAAUCCGGCGCUCUCCCGAACAUCAUCCGUGUCGUCGCAUACCUCUCGCCGCUCAACCACACCUGGCUACCGCGGCCCUCACAGCGCAGCGGCAGCAGGGGGAGGCAGGGCGGAGCAACAGUACAGGAGCAACAGGCUCGGCAGAGGCGACGCAUCGCCCUUCUCGCCUCUCCCCAACGGCCACUCACACUCAUCGACGCUCUACAAGCCCCCACACUCGCACCACCACCUCCACCAUCACCACGAGGCGGCGUCCCUCAAGCCCACCAUGUCGCUCGACUCUGCCUUUGCUACCCGCUCCUUUGCUGCCGCCCCUCCACCGUCCGCGCUGCUGUCGCACGCGUCCCUGCACUCGUACACGAGCCUGGACUCGGAGACAGCGUUGACCGUGCAUGACUUGGUUGACCCCACCAGCCUGCCUGCACCCGUGCAGGAAGAGGAGGGGCGGGGGGGGGCACAUGCGGUGGGGGAAAAAGGGCAGGAGGGGCAGCACGGGGGAGAUAGCUGUGGGGAGGGGCGAGAGGGAGAUGCGCCAGGAGAAGGGAGCGCGGAUGCUGCUGCUGAUUCCGUGGAGGAUGGGCGGGCAGGGGGGGGCUGUGCUGGGGGCGGUGGGGAUGGCAAUAGUGGUGGUGGUGGUGGUGGUGAUUUGCGGAAGCCACUGCUUGGGCGAUUGAGGGGCACACGGGCAGACGAGGAUGGAGAGAGCCAAGCUGCCACACCCCGCUCCCAGUGCCAAGCGCAAGCCGCGCCAGCAGCAGCAGUGGGGGGGCAGUGGCGGGGGCUGAUGGGGGGAGCGGACGCGGUGGCAGUGGCGGAGAUGGUGGUGGUGUGGGCCUUCUUCCUCGUCGUGCAGGUCGUCAAGUCCUCCACGCCUGACUGCAGCACGCAGUACUGGCUCCUCACUGCCGCCCAGGUGCCGGUGGCGCUGUUUGCAACGCUUUUGACAGGGUGGAGGGCCCGAGGGCGCAAGCUCUGGUGGGAGCCCGUGGACACGUCCCGAGCCUACCUGCGCCUCUCCGCACCCUCCACCCCCACUGCCGCCCACGCUGCGCGCAUCCCCACCCACGCUGCCACCGCCACCGGCGCAGCUGCUGCUGCAGGUGCUGCGGCUGCUCUGUCGGUGCCGGGGUCGCCAGUCCCCCCUGGCACUCCACGCAACAUGCAGCCUCGCUACGACUUUGCGCGAGAAUUGACGUACCCGCUGGCGUCGCUGCUGGCGGGGUGCAUGGGCGGGCUGCUGGGCAUCGGAGGUGGCAUGGUCAUGGGACCCGUGCUGCUCGAACUCAACAUCCCACCGCAGGUGACAUCAGCAACGUCCACGUUCAUAGUGGUGUUCUCCUCAUCGCUCUCCGUGGUGGAGUUUUACCUGCUGGGCCGCAUCCCCCUCAAGGUCGCCUCCUACUUCUGCCUGCUCGCCAUGAUCGCCGCCGUCUCAGGCCUCUCCAUAGUGCGCUCCAUAGUCAUCCGCUCAGGCAAGGCAUCCAUCAUCAUCUUUGCACUGGCUUCAGUCAUUGGCAGCAGCGCCAUUGUGCUGGGGGCUAUUGGCGGCUUGCAUGUGCUCAACGACUGGAAGCACGGCGAGUCCAUGGGCUUCCGCCCUCUCUGCAACCAGGUCUGGUGA